UUGACCGAUCGUGGCCAACACGCUGUCAGAAUCUGACAGUCAGAUUUCCAGAUUUUUGAGCUGAAAUGUGUACCUAGUACCUAGCACCUACUUACCUACUUAUCACACUUCGUAAACUAUUAAAUAAAAAUAAUACAAGAUCUCCGUGGAAUCAAAGUUUUAGUGUCAAAUUAUUGGUGACUAUUUUUUAGGUGUUAGCAAUAUAUAUACACAGACACGCUUGUAGACACAGUUUCUGGAUAUUUUGGAACAAUUCAUAAUUAAGCAAGAGAUUUCAAAAUUAAUUUAAGAUAAACGAAUAUAAUGGAGGAAACACAAAUAGAAUCACCGAGUUUUAAAUUGAAUUUUGAAAUGCAAAUUCAUUGUGUCGAGUGGUCACCUUAUGAAUGGUCUGAAGAUCUUAUUUGCAUUGGCUUGGAAAACAAAAUAAUUAUUGCCUCAAUAAAGUUUCAAGAGGAAGAUAAUCAACUGGAAGACAUCAGUUAUACUCAGCUCAAAGUGUUUAAUCCUGAAGGAAGAGUUCACGCAAUUGCUUGGAGUCCUGAAACAUCGUUGAGUGUAGUUCCUAAAUUAUUAUCGUUUUCUGUAGCUAGUGCUGAUUUUAAAAUUAGGUUGUUCAAUAGCAAUUUGAUUGAUGAAAGCGCUGUAGAGAUAUUAGAGGGUCAUAAAAACUAUGUAAAUAGUAUUGCUUAUGAUGGUGAUGGUGAACUUCUGGCAUCAGUGUCUGACGAUCUCACUUGCAAACUCUGGGCAAUUAAAGAGAAUAGAAGCUGUAUCUUGUCAUUUGUGUUAACGGCCCCAGGAGUGGCUGUUAAAUGGCAUAAUGAGGAACCUGGAAAGUUGUUGGUUGCUGAAAAGUUGGGCAUUAUACGUAUGUACAACGUGAGGAGUCAGCAAGCCAUCAUGUCCAUGGAUGCCAGUAAAGUGCCACUAAUGACAGCAGACUGGAGCCCAAAUUCUUUGAAGGUCGCUUGUCUAGCUGCUGGAGAACUCUGUUUGUUUGACGUGUCAAGGCCAAGUCGAGCACAAGAGACUAAAACACUUCAUCUGGAAGGUGGUACAGUGAUGAAGUUUUCUCCAGCUAACGAAAAUCUAAUUGCAACUAUUGGUCGGCCUGAUAAUAAUGUAAAAGUCGUUGAUAUCAAAGCAAAAGAAGUUCAAUUAUGCAGUCGCGUUCGACUUUAUGGUGGACUGACUUGGCAUCAAAGGUUACAAGUAAUUUGUGCAGGAAGUGACAGAAAAUUGCUUUUCUGGAAAGUACCGAAUAAAUGA